CAAGUUUUACUUCUCCCUUGUGCAGGGGUGUUUGCCAGCAGCCUGCACUUUCAGAAAUCAGCCUCAAGUAACUGGGACCCUUGAGAUCAAAGGCUUACCAUGCUACUCCCGAGGACAGCCAGGGACUGCUGACGUGACUACUGGACAGUGAUUUGUGGUUCGUAAAGUUACCAAAAAGAAUGGAUAAGCUUAAUAAAAUAACUGUCCCUGCCAGUCAGAAGUUGAGGCAGCUUCAAAAAAUGGUCCAUGAUAUCAAGAACAAUGAAGGUGGAAUAAUGAACAAGAUCAAAAAGUUGAAAGUCAAAGCACCUCCAAGUGUUCCUCGAAGGGACUAUGCCUCAGCCAUUUCAGAGAGCCCAGCUGACGAAGAGGAGCACUGGUCAGAUGACUUCUCACACUGCUCUGCCGGAAGGGCUGCAAGGACUCCAGAAUCCUCCCCAGGACGCACACUGAUCCUCAACCUCCAGGACAGCGACUAUGAAAAUCCAGACGAGCACUCGGACUCGGAGAUGUACGUGCUGCCGGCCGAGGAGGCCGGAGAUGACAGCUACGAGCCGCCGCCCGCAGAGCAGGAGACACGGACAGUUCACCCGGCCCUGCCCUUCACCAGGGGCGAGUACGUAGACAAUCGGUCAAGCCAGAGGCAGUCUCCGCCCUUCAGCAAGAGCCUUCCCAGUAAACCCAACUGGCCUUCGGCAAAGGCAAGGCUGGCCAGCACUCUGCCAACUUCUCUGCAUAAACCUCAGGUGCCACCCAAGCCCAAAGAGCUCCUGGAGGAUGAGGCUGAUUAUGUGGUCCCUGUGGAAGAUGAAGAUGAAAACUAUAUUCAUCCCACAGAAGAGAGUUCACUCCCAUCUGAAAAAGCCCCCAUGGUGAAUAGAUCAAUCAAGCCAAAUAAGUCCUCAAAGCCAGCCUCUCCUCCAGGGACAGCUUCAGGUCGAAAGAGCGGGGCCUGGGACUCUAAGUCAACCUCUUCACCUGCUGCGCCGUCCCCACUGCCCAGGGCGGGGAAAAAAACAGCUAUGCCACUGAAGACAACUCCAGUUGCCUCUCAACAAAAUGCCUCAAGUGUUUGUGAAGAAAAACCUAUACCUGCUGAACGCCACCGAGGGUCUAGUCACAGACAAGAAAAUAUGCAGUCACCAGUGUUUCCUCCUCCUGCCCAGAAACCAACUCACCAAAAACCCAUACCUCUGCCAAGAUUUCCAGAAGGGGGAAGCCCAAUCGUGGAUGGCCCACUACCCAGCUUUUCAUCUAAUUCCAAUUUGUCAGAACAGGAAGCUGACGUUUACUGUAAGCCGUGGUACGCUGGUGCCUGCGAUCGAAAGUCAGCUGAAGAGGCAUUAUACAGAUCAAACAAGGAUGGAUCAUUUCUUAUUCGGAAAAGCUCUGGCCAUGAUUCCAAACAGCCAUAUACACUAGUUGUAUUUUUUAAUAAGCGAGUAUAUAAUAUCCCCGUGCGAUUUAUUGAAGCAACGAAACAGUAUGCUCUGGGCAGAAAAAAAACUGGUGAAGAGUACUUUGGAAGCGUUGCUGAAAUCAUCAAGAAUCAUCAACACAGUCCCCUGGUUCUUAUUGACAGUCAGAACAACACAAAAGAUUCCACAAGACUGAAAUAUGCAGUUAAAGUUUCAUAAAUUAAAAAAAAUUUUUAAAGGAAAUCAACAUCAUUGCUUCAGACAUUUUCCCUUCUACUUUUGAGGAAACAGUCCAAAAAUUUCAUAUUUUGGAUUAUGAAUCAUCAAGUAAUAAAAUAGAAGAUGAGGAAGCUGUUGCGGUAGUCAUCGAUUUCCUUAUAAGAAGUUCACAUGGACUUGUUCUAUUGCCUGACUUGAGGAACUGUUAAUAUCUGGUGAGGCUGAGAAUAUGCUACAGUAUUCUCCAAAUAAAUGUCUUUAUUUUUAAAAGAAACGGGUGUAUUUUCAGUCAUAUAAGAAAAUAACACUCUACUUCCAAAAUAAGAAAAUGAUACUCUUGGAUAAAACAAAGCUGCUGAAAAUUUAGGCCACCACAAUGGUCCUGGUGCACUAAUGUAACUAGGAUGUCUACUGUCAAUGCUUGACAAUUGUCUUGGUUAAAAUUGUUAUGUGUAGAAAAUAAAAUAUAGAUAAUGUAUGAUAUUUAUAAGUACAGAUAAGGGGGAUGUAAUGGUUCCUUUUUGUGAGCUCCCAACCAUGGGAGAUGUAUACACAUAUGAACUUUCUAGAAGUUUUUAUCCAUGAUUAUGUUGUUAGCUUUGCUUAUUAAAUAUAAUUAUACCCUC